UUUUAUGUAUCCUCCUUGGUCUAGCCAGGCCAGGUGUUCUGUGGCCAAACAGAAUUUAGCUGGCGAUGUCAGCAUUGCUUGCGGUUUUGUAUCUUGUGCAUACGACGAGCGUCAACAGAAACCCGCGCAAGAACGUUUAGCCGUCUUUGAGACAAUUGUUUGCCAUGAUUUCACAAAAUGUUUAUUCUAUUCCGAAUAUGAACAAAGAGCCGGACAACUUUUUCACUUACACUGAUGGAGUUCGGUUGCGGAAAACACCAGUUGUCAUCGAUAAUGGUUCUUACGAGUGCCGAGUUGGCUGGGCUUCUGAUGAAUCACCGCGAAUGAUAUUUAAAAACAUAACAGCCAAACAAAGGGGCAAAAAGGAGAGCGAGGUGCAAGUUGGCAACGACAUAGCGAACGUCGAGGCUGUGCGAUGGCUCCUGAAGACCCAGUUCGACCGAAACGUUGUUACACAUUUUGACAUACAGGAGCAUAUCUUUGACCACAUCUUCAGCCACCUUGGUAUCCCCACAGAAAAUAGAGUUGACCACCCCAUCGUAUUGACAGAGGUCAUUGGCAACCCUAGUUACUACCGCCAGAAUAUGUCUGAACUGCUCUUCGAACAUUAUCGUGUGCCCCAAGUACUCUACGGCAUUGAUGCAUUGUUCAGCCUGCACCACAACUGCUCCAAGAAAUCGGAGAAUGCAAUGGUGUUGUCUUUUGGACAUCACACAACACACAUCAUCCCUGUGCUGAAUGGACGAGUUGACGUUGAGAAUGCCAAAAGAAUAAGUCUUGGUGGAAACAACAUAACAGUAUACUUGCAGCGGCUCCUGCAGUUGAAGCACCCGCAUCUGUCUGCCGCUGUGACAUUGAGCAGAGCUGAGCACUUGGUUCAUCAGCACUGUUACGUCGCAGAGAAUUACUCUGAAGAACUGAAAAAGUGGGCUGAUGUUGACUAUUUUGAUAAGCAUUGUCGACAAGUUCAACUUCCAUACAACAUGACUUCCAGUGGUGCUGUUGGCGGCUCUGGAGUUGGGAAAAUGGACAUCUGCUUCAACAUUGUGAAGAGAGUACAGGAGUCCAUAGCCAAGAAGAAACAGAAUACGCUUGCAGAUGAUGAAGAAAAGCUGCAGCAGCUGAUUAGUAUUCAGGAGCUGUUGGAAUAUGAAGAUGAGGCGACAUUUCAGAGCACAUUGCAAGAGUUGGGAUUCUCCAGCAUUGAAGAGCUUGGCUUUGUCAUCAACGAGCUACGGCGACAAGUCCAGCAAGUGAAGAAUACGCUUGCCAGUGGGAAUAAUGUAGACCCUGAUCUCAUGGAGUGCGCAAUGAAGCGAUUUUGCUCAGAUCUAGAUCCUCGUUUCUUUACGGAACCUGAUGCAUGGAUAUCAGCGGUUAGAAAGAGAAGGGAGGAUCUGAAAGAAAAGAAGAUACUGCAACAGCAAAUGUUUCUGGAGCGUGCACACAAUGCUGGUCAGAAAGGAAAAUCAAAAAAGAGGGAGUCCCAGUUUUCGGACAGUGAGCUUGACGAUGCAGAUUAUGCAGAGGAAGGAGAAGAGGUGGAAGAGAUUAUUGCCGAGUUUGAGAGGGAGUUCAAAAAAAAACAACUUGGUGCUGAUCAAGUAGGUACAAGCAUUGCAGAGCAUUAUCAACUUCAACUAGGAACGGAAAGGAUCAGGGCAACAGAGAUUCUUUUUCAGCCAAGCAUAAUUGGCGUGGAACAGGCAGGCGUUGCCGAGACCUUGGAGUUUGUGUUCUCCAGAUACACUAAAGAACAGCAGUCUUUCCUGGCUCAGAAUGUGUUUGUGACCGGUAGCCCAGCACAGCUUCCAGGUGUUCGUGAACGUUUGUGUGCAGAACUCCUGGCUAUGCGUCCCUUUCAGUCUCUCUUCACAAUAACAUUAGCAAAAAACCCUGCUUCAGAUAGCUGGAGAGGUGCAAGGCAAUGUGCUAUGCAAAGAGAUUUUCUCAGCAAGUUCGCUAUCAAAAGGGCAGAGUAUGAAGAGAAAGGUCCUGACUAUCUGAAGGAGCAUUGCUAUUCUAAUGUGUUAAUCUCAUCCAUUUUGUCAUCAUCUGCAAAGCCUUUGACAUUGAAGUCUAGUGCAUUGUGAUAGACAUUACUGUUUUGUGCAAAAAGGAAGGAGUAGAAGACAAAAUGUAAAUUAUGUGCUUGUUCUUCAUCCAGGUUUCAUGUUCCAUUUCAUUGAGAGACAUUCUAUGACUUUGUACUCUAUGUUGAUCAUUUCAAUUUGUGAUACUUAUCUUUAAUAUUUAGUGAGCAGUCUUUUGGUAUCUGAGAAUGUCAGACAAUGCAGCUAAGGGCCCUGGUUUUUUGUUCUGAUAAUGCUAUAGAGCUUAUAAUACAAGUACCACAGUAACUUGGUGACACAGCAACUGUAAUAGUCAAGUUAUGGAGUAAUAUUGUUUGAUUACCUCUUGGUGCAUUUAGGUUGCUUAUUUUAUGGCUUUAUUUUAUGUGUUUGGAACCAAGUUUCUUACAUCAAAAACAUGAAAAAGAGUCAAUAAAUAUGUAGUAUUUUUUGCCAAUGAA